GAUGGAAGCUGAUGUAGAAAUCAAAGCAUCUGCUGAAAUGUUCCAUGAUUUUUUUGGUGGCAGACCACACCAUAUGCCCAACGCUUCAGAAAAAUUACAAAGCUGUGAAUUGCAUGAAGGCCAAUUUGGAAAACAUGGCUCUGUUGUCUAUUGGAAUUACGUUCAUGAUGGAGUGCCUAAGGCUGCAAAGAACAUGGUGGAAAUAGAUGAUGCGAACUUGACCACUACUUAUACAGUAACCGAAGGAGACACUAUGAAGGAAUACAAGGAUUUCAAAUUUGUUGUUAAGGCUACACCUAAGGCUAAGGGCUGCACUGUUAAUUGGACCAUCAAAUAUGAGAAGUUGAAUGAAAAUAUUCCUGAACCUCAUUCUAUGCUUAAAUAUGUGAUCCAUGCAUCUCUCCAAAGACCUCGAUGAGCAUCUGACCAAAGCUUAAGCUUCCACUUUCAAGAAUCAAAUAAGCAUAUUAUAAAUAGAAUAAACCGUGCGCUAGCUGUUAUCAGCUGCUCGAUUGCACAUUUGCGAGUAUCGUACGUUGUACUAAUAUUUUAAUACAUAUUUUUGGGGAAUCGCUAUUAAUGUUGUGUAUGAUAUUUUAAUAAAGUCCAUUGUGUGUGUUCGUAUA